GAAGAAGAAAAAGAAAAAGAACAACAAGAAGAAGAAGAAGACCCUUUACUCCCAUGGAGGACGAAAACUCCCAGUUACUGGAAAAUGCGCACUCUGAGUUCAACAAACGCAAUUUUGACCAAGCAGAGGAGCUGUAUACAAAGUUUAUCACUUCCUGUUUGCAGUCCAGGGACUGUGACGCCUGCAAGUUAGCCACCGCUUACAACAACCGUGGACAGAUAAAGUACUUCAGGGUAGAUUUUCAUGAAGCGAUGGAGGACUACACCACCGCUAUAAAGACCGACUGCCAGUUUCCAGUCCCGCUCUACAACAGAGGACUCACCCGCUAUAGAUUAGGCUUUUUUGAAGAAGCCAAAAGCGAUUUCAUGCAAGCCCUCAAGCUCAAUGCAGAUUUUCAAGACGCUAAAGUGAGCCUGCAGCAGACACUUCUGGACCAACAGGAGAAGUUAAAACGAGGAUAUUGAGAAAUCUGUUAAUAAACUCUUGAUAAUCAGGUUUCUGUGAUGCUUAGUGAACGUCAUUGCAGAUGUUUGCGAAUAUUUGGACAAUACCGAGCUGUUUCGUGCAUAUUCUAAGUCUGUAUUCUCACACUGGACAUUGUAAAUGUUGAAAAUCUUUACACAAGCAUUAAAUGAUAGUAUUAUUUAUGUGAUUUUUUUUUUUCAGAUUUGGGCAUUGUGUCCUAUUUUGAUUGUACUUCAUGCUUGAUUUCUGAAGUUUAUGUUUUUAAUGUUAUUGCUGAUUUUAUUUUAUUUUGAGAUCUACUUUUUUCCUUUAGGUAUGCCAACUUAAUUAAAUGAUGUUUUUUAUAUGUAAGGCUGGCUUACAGUAUUAUAUUACAGAAAGACAAAAA